CCAUUCAUGCGGCGAAGAGGCAGCCAUUACGGAUACCGAUUCGUUUUCGGGAAGCGUCGUUUUCCAUAAACGUACGAUUUUUUUCGUCUAUCAUCGGUGAAGGCGGUUCAGGAAGCUGUCAAAGUUAAUCGAUCGACGAUCUGAAUUAUGGCGAACAUAGAUAUGGAUAGAUCGAGCAACGGCGAGUACAAGUAUCAGAGAGACGACGAUGUAGACAUUAAAUCUAGAAUGCUGGACAAAGAAUCCGACGAGAAGGAUCAUCAAAUUGACAAGGCGGGCGAGUACGUACGCGAGCUUCUCCAGGAGAAGAUCGAGCUCGACAAUCAAAAAUCACCCAAUGCCAUCCGACUACUCGAUCAAGAGAUCCAAAAAACGCAAGCUAUUGGAAAACCAUUAAGGGAUCCAAAAUAUGUGGAUAUUUAUCGUGAAAAACCAGUUCGUAUUUCUGUAAAAGUUUUAGUACCUAUUCGUGAGCAUCCUAAGUUUAAUUUUGUUGGGAAAUUGCUGGGUCCAAAAGGUAAUUCCAUGAAACGCCUGCAAGAAGAAACAAUGUGCAAAAUGGCAGUAUUAGGUAGAGGAUCCAUGAAAGAUAGACAAAAAGAAGAAGAAUGUCGUGCUUCUUUAGAUCCGAAAUAUGCACAUCUUUCCGAUGAUUUACAUGUAGAGAUUACAGCUAUUGCACCACCAGCUGAAGCUUAUGCUCGCAUUGCAUUUGCGCUCGCUGAGGUGCGAAAAUAUUUGAUUCCCGACAACAAUGAUAACAUACGUCAAGAACAAAUGCGUGAAAUGGAAAUGACCGUAUCUAACGAUCCGGUCUCGGAUGAUCGAAGACCUUCGAUGAGAGGGCCUUCUAGUGGUCCUGGCACUGGUGGUAUAUUGAGACCUGCUUCAAGACCGACAUUACCUAGAGGGACAUCUAGAGCUAUACUUCCUCCGCCACCUGCAAAUCGAGGCCCACUUUCUCGACCUGUACCACCAAAAUCAAAAGUAUUCUCAAUCUUGGAUCGUGCGAGAGCUGCUAUGGAUCAAAAUUUUGGUUAUGAAAAUCCAACCCCUCCACCAACAAAUCGUACUGGAUCGCAUCAUGAUUAUGAUUAUCAUGGGUCAUCAACUAGUAGUGCUAGAUAUGGCGAUCGACAUUAUACACCGAGUUCUGGAUAUACAACUUAUGAAUAUGAGGAUGAUUCUGCACCACAUUCUUCCCAUGAUUAUUACGAAUCUUCAGAUUAUCCAGAGGAAUCGUCGAGCCGCGCUUGGAAAUCGUACAAGACUACAACGACAUCAGGCACAGCCUCGCGCUACCGCACCACUCCGUAUACACGACCUUCCAACGUUGUUGCGAAUCCAUUGGCGGCUAAUCUUCCUAAUGCUGCACGGCGGCCUAUGAUGCAGAAACCGAUAAAUGAAAGAAAUCGUCCUUAACCGAUCAGAGAGACGGAAGCUAAGACGGUAAUGAUGUGCAAACGUUAUUGUUUCAUUUUGACGAUAUUAAAAUAAAUAAUAUAAUCAAUAAAAAUAUCAUUAUAAUGAUCAGGAAUUUAUUUCUUGUUCAAUUUCUUGUGAAAACUGAGUAUACUCUCUCUCUCUCUCUCUCUCUCUAUCCGUAUUUCUCUUUUAUUUAACCACUGCAUAUUAAUUUUAUUUUCAAUAUUUUUUUAUGAUAAAUUCGAUAAUUUUCAGAUCUCAGUUUUCGCGGCCGCUGGAUAAACAAGAACAUAUAAAUAGAAAGUAAACCAUAAUUAAAAUAUAUGCAAACGUAAUACUAUUAACGCGGUCCACUAUAUAAAAAUUUAUUCCAGUGACAAUUCCCUUUAAUCAUUUUAUACCAUAACAUUAAUUCGAUAUACCUGUCAUUGUCUACAAAACAUUAAUUCCGCUCCUUUAAUCCUUUUUCUAAAAUUUUGGACCACAGAAGAAUUUAACUAUUGACAAGGAAUAGAGGAUCAAGAGGAUUGAUGGAAUAAAAUAAGUAAAAUAUUGAACAAGCGCUUAAUAUUACAUACAAAUGAAAUUAUGAAUUAUGAAAUUGAUUAAGAAUCAUAAAAUUCAUAUAUUCAAUGUUAUUUAUAUAAAUUAAGUGUCAGCACAUAAAUCAUAAUCUUAACAAUUCUAACUAUAUUUUGGAAUCAUCUUUUCUAUUUAUCCUUUGUACUUAAUAUCUUCAAAUCCAAUUUAAAAUUUUGAUAUUAAAAAUGAAAACUUUAACAUUUAAUAAUCUGCUAAUCUUCAAUCAAAUUAUAUAUUAAUAUAGCUUAUACAUUAGGAAUAAUUUUUUUUAUUUAAACGAACUGUAGCUUGAAUAUUUAUUUGAUAAAAUAUUAUAAUAAAAUAGUAUUGAAUAUGCGUUGUAAAUGGAACAAAUUAAACGAUUUAAAUGAUAUACAACGCAAACUAAAAAUUACAAAAUAAUGAUAAAUUGUAUAAGCUUGCUACUAUUAUAUUAUAAUCCUAUAUUACUUGCUUAAUAUUAUAGCAACUAUAAAGAAAAAAAUGCAUAUGCUAGAUUUAUAAAGAAGUUAUAUAAUAAUCUAUAUUAUUUUUUGUGUAGAACAAAGUUACGACAGACCACAAUGUCAUAUAUAUAAUCUCAGUAUAAUUCUAAAUAUAUAAACAUAUAUUCAAAAAUAUAUUGACUGUAAUUCUAAAAUUUGUCAUUAAAAUAAUAACAUGUAAUAUGUAACUCCUAAUUGAAAUAAAAAUGAGAUAACAUGAGACA